CGCCACUUUCGGAUCUAUACUGUAAUGGUUGAAUAUUACAUUUCGACGUUUAAAUCCUGUUUACAGAGUAUUAGCUUGCGAAUAGACUAACAUCCGUGAUUGCAAUUGACUGCAGUUUCCAGGCAACGAAAUUUAUCGAUUUCCACAAGAUUCACACGAUUUUUUAAUGAAAAAUUUCUUUUAAAACUACGCUACUAUGAUUUCACGUCAGCUAUUUCGGUGUAUACAUACAAAUUAUUUGCUGUGUUACGCAUCAAAAAAGACAUUACUGAGCAAAUUACGCAAGAAAACAGGCUAUACCUUCACCAACUGCAAGAAGGCAUUAGAACUACAUGACAAUGAUAUUCAAAAAGCAGAGGACUGGUUAAAUGAACAAGCUCAGAAUCAUGGUUGGGCACAAGCAACUAAAUUGCAGUCCAGAAUAACUUCCCAAGGACUAAUAGCAAUGAUUACUAAUGAAAGUUAUGGAGCACUUGUGGAAAUAAAUUGUGAGACAGAUUUUGUUGCAAGAAAUAAAAGAUUCCAUGAGCUAGCAGAGACUGUUCUUGCUACCGUAUUGAAAGAAGGAAUAUCGAUAGAACAGACCUCUCUUGUGAAUAGAACUAUGUUAUAUCCAGACACUAUAAAUGAUUUAGUUGCAAACGAUGGUAAGAGUUUGAGUGACCAUUCUGCUUUGGCCAUUGGAAACGUGGGAGAAAAUAUUAAUAUACGUCGUGCUAUAUGCAUGAGUGUUCAACAAGGCGUGCAUUUAUACGGUUGUACUCAUCCUGCUCCCUUGAAUCCUGUACCAUCAUCUUUUGGACGAUAUGGGGCAUUGGUGGCCUUAAAGUCUAAUAAAAAGAAUGAGGUUUUGGGAAUGCAACUUUGCCAACAUGUUAUCGGCAUGAAUCCAAUCAAGAUUGGGGAUAUAUCGGUUGAUAGACCUAAUGAUGAUGCGAACAGUGAAAAUAUUAUGCUGUUCCAAGAAUUUUUGCUCGAUCCAACUUUAUCUGUUCAGCAAUUAUUACAGAAUGAACAAGUUGAAAUUUUGGAUUUCGCACGAUUUGAAAUGGGUGAAGAACUCGAUAACAAAGAGUCAUUGGAUUCUGUAGAAAUUUGUGGUUAACACAAAGAAUAAAUCUACUACGCUUCGAUUUUGUACAUAUGUGAAACAAAUGUACUGUUGCUUCUUCAUGGUAAAAAAUAUACAAGCAUUUUACUUAUU